CGUUCUACUGCUUGCAGGUCACAGAGUAUCUCUUCGGAUGUGCGCAUGACGGGCUUCCGAUUGGGUUCUGGCGGCAAGAAAGAGAAGCUUUCGCCGCCCGGGGCAAAACCGACAGCUCUCGUUGAUGAGGUAUCGGCACCCCGCGGUUUCGGCAUUCGCAGCUACUUGCACAAUUUCUACCUAUCUCCAACUGUAGAAGACAUCGAACAGAGUGGAGGAGCAUGGUAUCUGCUUCCUCCGCCACCAGCUCAGCGAAGAGGGCUCUUUAUCUGUCGUCUAUGCACCAUCCUCGGACUGCUACUGCUGAUCGGUGGAGCUGUCGCAAUCGUUGUCGGCUACACCUGGCCUCACGAAGGAGUUGAACAGAGCAUUUACAAGAUUGUCAUCUAUGAGGACGAGGAUGGCGGCUACUACGUUCCACAAGAUAAACUGCAAGAGAUGCUACGUGACCCAAUGAGAAUUUGGAAGACGGCAGGAUUCUGUGUAUUCGCUUCCGGUGCUACCCUCCUUGCUGCUUCGCUACUUGUGCCAACGAUAGCUGCGUGUAUCGGAUCAAAACGACUUGCUGGUUUUAUAAGCGAGGACAAUUCCCCUAACGAACCGCCUGUGCGCAUUUACCCACAAGAAAAACCGUCUGUGUCACACUCCAGUGGUCCUGUACCUGUGCUCGAAGAGAUCGCAAAGCGAAGCAACAUUCGUUCACCCUACUCUCUCCUAUCUACCGGUCCGUGCGCUGUCGAUGUAAAGCUGUCCAGAUAGUGUGCUAGAGCGGCGGGCGCCCGCCUAUUCCGUUGAAGACGCUCCUUCCGAUCACCUCGUCCGAUCUCAGCGAAGAUGAUCUCGUCCUGCUCCUGUGUACAGUAGUGAUUGAUGUUUCCGUAGUGUGAUAUGCAGCUGGGUGGAUUCGCGAUGUCGGCCACCGACGACGAAGACUCGACAUGCUCUGCCUAGAUAUAUUGCCGUUUCGGGUUAGAAUUAGUCGCACUAGAAGCUGCCGUCGCUGCCAUCGACUCAAUUCGCCUUCGAUGAACCCGAACGGUCGGUCGAAGGGUCGUCGUUGGUCGCCGGCUGCCACCCCCUGGUCCGGCGGAUAGUGCCGAGUGCGCAAGAACCGCCUCUCUCGACUAGCCGACAGCUUGAGCCCCUGCAGCCACCUCCCACUCCGACGAAGGCAACAACCGACACGACUGUGUGAAUGUGGUUCAUCGGCUCACGACAGACAAUAAAUGUUUCAAUGUUUUUA